AAUAAAGGACCUCGGAUAAACUUCAGUUGUAACUCUAAAGCAAACCAUAGCUGAAAAUGUACUUUAGACUUUGUUUAAAAUGGCAUUGGUAACUUCUCUUCAGUUCUAAGUUGGGCUUUGUAAACUAGAAGUUCUUUGUCUUAACGGUGAAACUGGUGUUAGAGUUUAAUUUUAAUCGGUAGUUAUUUCGUUGGGUAAUUCGCAGCUAAUGCUAACAGGCUAAUAACAAUAGCGGCCACGGUAAAUCUUUCCCAUCAUGGAUGUGAGCAUCGCUGUGUCACUGAUCCGGGGCCAGAUGGGGACCGUGGUGGAGCGAGCAGUGAACGUUGCCGUGGAGACGGUGCUGGCUGAGAUGCUCAAAGUGGUCGGCGUCAAAUUUGAGGAGUUAAAAGUUCAGGUGGUGCUGAUGAAGAAGGAGAUGGCUGCACUGCAGAGGGAAAAGGCCCUGAAGGAGAAGGAGAACGACAACAUCCGGGCCAAGCUGCGCUACACCGAGCUGAAGCUCAAAUACUACCGGCAGGGCGUGGAGGAGGAGCUGCAGCAGAGGACCUCCACCUCCGCUCUAGUCCGCAUCCACCCGCCCACCUUCAGUCGUGUGCAGACACCAUCGUGUUCAGCUCAUAGGAGCGCCGAGGGGGCACUGAUGAGGACCAAUCAAGUCCCAGAAUGCACCUCUUCCCAGAGCGAGAGCAGGCCGGCCGUCAGAGCCCGCUGUUCUCCGGACGUGGCCGGCUCAGACUCGUCUGAUCUGCUGCUGCCUGUCACGCUGAACAUGAACGCAUCUGCAGAAUGUCUGGACAGCAGCUCAGUGUUGUUCUGUCCGUCAGAACCCGACCCGGCUCAGAGGAGAGGUGUCGAGCGGGAGGACGAAUGUGAGUGGACCGUCACCGUGCUUCCUCAUGAAGAUGACCUGGACGCUGCCGCGGCUCCGCCUCCAGGUCCAGCCCAAACUGUGGCAGCAGGACAGCAGUCCACGCCCGCCUCGCUGUCGCCAGAUGUCUCUGCUCUGGCUGACAGCUCCAUGCUGCCCUCUUCUGCUGCACAGGUGAAGCAGGAGGUCCAGCCUCAGCAGGAGCAAGAAGAGGAGAUGAUCUGCAUCAAAGAGGAGCCAGAGGAGGAGCAGGAGGUGAUGACCACCCUGCUCCUUGACUACCAGGUUCAGCAAGACCAUCCUCCAAAGUCAGAGACUCAAAGGUCGGGGAUGGGGUGGUCCAGACCUCCAGCGAGCCAGAUGAACCCCGGUGCAGCCGUCAGCUCAGCAGGCCCGGGCACGUAUGGACCAGCACAGUUUUCCGCCUCCCUGGCCGCCACCUCCGUCGCACCACUCAGCGUCCCGCCCCGCCAGGUGGUUCGGCCGUGGCCAAAAGACCUCAGCCUGUAUGAGGAAUACAAACUGCGGAGGAACGAGCUCCGACGGCGAAACCUGAACCGGCGGCGGGAGCUGGAGAAAACGCUGCCUCAGCCCCUGCUGGCGGAUCUGGUGCGUGAGCGUCGAGAGAAGACCCGGCUGAGGGUGGCCAGGUGGAGGGCAAAGAGGAAACUCCAGGCCUGUCUAAACCAGGCUCAGGCUCAUGGAGGUGCUGCAGGUCUUUCUCAGACUGGUUUUCCUCCCAGCAGUCAGCAGCAGCAGAUCGCAGCACCUUGUGCUUCCAGCAACCAGCAGAGACACCCAGCAGCUCCUCGGACCAGCAGCUUCCUCAGCAACAUGUCGGUGAACACUGUUUCUGCUGCCCUGCCCCUUAAUCCUUCAUCUUCCUCCUCCUCCCUGCUACUGCGAGGCCCCAGCAUGGCUCCACAUGAGCACACGGUGACAUCUUCAUCCUCCUCCUAUCGUCCGGUGGGCCCGUCACAGCACAGCAUCUCUCUGACGGACUCAGAUUUACUACAAUGACCUGCAGAGCCUGAAGUCGCCCCCGCUUCAAUGAGCCCCGUCGUCUUCAUCAGGUCCAAGUAGAGCACCACAUCUGGAUCAGUUUACCGUCAUGCAUCAGGUUUCAGAAGAUUCAGAAUGUUACUCGGUAUGUUUCAGUUAAAAACUUGUGUACAAAUCCAGUUCCAAAACAACUGGGACACUGACAUGUAAGUAAAAACAGAAGCAAUCAUU